AUGGAACUCCAAGAUAUCGCGUUUGCCUACCUGAACCAAGCCGUCGACUUCUUUUGGGGCGAAGGAUCGCGCCAGUCUUCUUAUAAGAAUGGCCUAGAAGCCAGCCUGGUUCUUACCCGGGCUCACCUGAGAGAAGUUCAGAGUCUGAUUGAAGAACUUGACUGGGGUGAAGGCAUAGAGGGGAAAGAGAACAUAACAGACAAUCAGCAAGCAAACCAACGGCGGUUACUUUACCACGUUGAAGCAGGCCUGUCUCCCGUUCGGAAAGCCAUUGCUGGAAAUCUAGCUCUUCGUCGAAGGCUUGGAGAUUUACCGGCCAUGCAGGCUUUAGAAAACAGUAGACUCUUCUACUUCGGCGAUAUGGAAGAGCUCUAUUGGAAUGAGAUGGGCCUUGAGAUGGAUAAGUCGCGACUGACAGGGGAUCCGGGACCAUUAUUAAUGGCAAUCCAAAAAUGGAAAGCAGUCUCGCUCCGAGAUACCAUCUCUCGACGACUUGAACGUGGAGUGCGAGCUCCGGACUUGGUCACUUUUGGAGGAGCCGGAUCGAGAGUCCCUAGUAUCCCAACUGUGUUGGAUAUAGGAGACGAGCCGCCUGACUUUCAGGAAGAGUCAGUCUGGACUAUGGCUGAAAUCGCCGAAGCGCAUUUCGAGGAAGGGCAGAGUGUCAUAUUCGUUGAUUGGACGCGAUAUUAUGAUACCUUAUUCAUUGUCGCCUAUAACGGGACUGAAGGUCGGAUAAAAAAAGGUGUCGUAGAGAUGGAUUACCACAUGAUCGAAAAGUGGGUUUACAGUGAGUUGGGAGUAUCUUCCCUUCACCAAGGCCAAACAGACCGAAGGCGGUUACACAAAGUCACGCGGUUGAAAACUCUAACACCAAUUCUCGAGAAGUUGGAAGGAUUUGCAAAGCCUAAGGACUUGCUCGACGGGCUGGCCGACAAAUUGCUCCAGACGAGUUUUGCGAGUGGGAACGAAGUCACCCGCGAUGUUUUCAUGAGUCGGUCUCGAGGGGUUAGGCUCUUGCAUUACCACGGACAUGCAUAUCUAGAAGCAGCUCAGCGUCGAGACCGAGCAUUGCAGCUAGAACCUCGACUUGCUACCGCAGGCUUGCCCUGGGACGAUGGCCUAUUGAGCGUGAUGGAAAUCUUCGACCUGCAGCUAGACUCAGCAGUGGUAGUCCUCCUAGCGUGCGCAUCUGGCGAGGACGAUGUCGCGCCGAACGAUGAUCCCCUGGGACUGCUUUCGGCGUUUCUGUGUGCUGGUGCUACCAGCGUAAUUGCCACCCGAUGGCCCACGCAGACAUCUGACGCCAGAGAAUUUGCUAAAAGUUUCUACAAAAGGGUGUUUAGCAGCAGGAAAGACGGCAUUGUCAACCUCGCUGUUGCAGUUCAGGCAGCUGUUCUUGAACUGUGGGAGGACUGGGAUGAGGAUGAUCCCUACCACUGGGCGCAGUUCCAGCUUCGUAAGUUAAAGGGGAGCGAGGAUUGCGAAUUUCGUAGGUCUAACUGCGUACAGAUGGAUCUUGGUUCGGAAAAAUCUAGGGAUGAUGGCAUAGUAAGCGGCUGGAAGAAAACACUUAAACCGUUCGCGUUAUCGACGACCGUCAUCCACUUCCUGUUCGAUGUUGACUCGGUGCUAGUAUCUUGA